AUGAUUAUUUUUGUUCCUUUCAUUCCGCGUUUAAUCUUUCUUCAAACACUUUUCUUUUAUUCUUUCACUUCUUACAUUGUAGCCAAAUUUUCUUCCUUCCAUUUACUUUUCCUUUCGUUUCAUUCAUUCGUUUUUCGUUUUUCGAGGUCUUCUUUUGUCUCAUUUCUUUCUUUUUACACUUUUCUGCUUUUAAAACAAUUGUUUGGUGUUUCAUAUCGUUCUUUCUUCCUUCUUUCUUUCUUUCUUUCUUUCUUUCUUUGGGAGGUCUUUUGUCUCAUUGUCUUUCUUUUACACUUUUCUGCUUUUAAAACAAUUGUUUGGUGUUUCAUAUCGUUCUUUCUCCCUUCUUUCUUUCUUUCUUUCUUUCUUCCUUUCUUUCUUUCUUUCUGUUUAUAUCCUUGUUUCGCUCUCUCAACUUUUCGCCAUCUUACUCUUUAUCUUUCACUCUUUUCCUGUUUGUUACAUAUCUUUUCAUAA